AUGCAUUAUUUAUAAUUACUUUGGAUUCUUCAUAUGUGCCUACUUAUUAGGAGCUGUAAUCAACAAUGUAGUUUACUAAGAGACCAUAAUUAUGUGGAGCAUUAUGGUUUGAGCCGAAAGGAAAUAUAACCCGGAAAAUAUGAGAAGUAGACAUUCGACACAGUUGGAAUGCUCCACACAGAUUAUUCAAUUAUCUCCUAUUUAUAUAGUAAAGACAUUCAGACCAUCACGAAAAUCCUUACAAAUCCUACCGAACGCUCUGUUCAUAUUAAAAAAGCCCCCAAUUGCAACAUGGAUAUGCAGUGUGUAUUCUAUUAGCAUGGGUACCAAAAUAAUGGUUUGAAAUUAUGGAUAUGUUACUAAAGAAACGGGAACAUCAUGUGA